UACUUCACUUUGAGGGCUGUGCGAAUAUCACAAAGCUAGUCUAGUCCGAGCCUUCAACAGCACUUCAUCUUCUUCUCUCUCUCGUCUCAUAACUUAAGAGGAAAAAAGAAGAGAAUAUUGGCGAGACGAUCUAGCUACAAUGAAAAUGAUGAAAGAUAACGCUUUGGUGCUAGUGAUGGUAGUUGCUGUGCUUAUAUUAGUGAAGUCACCAGUAAUAGUUGCAAGCCAUGAAGAUGAUCAAACUCGUCAUCAUCUAGUUGGAGAUGACCGUGGUUGGGAUGUCUCUAACGAUGUUACUUCAUGGGCUUGUGGAAAAGUUUUCAGGGUUGGAGACCACGUCUGGUUUUCAUAUUCAGCUGCACAGGAAAGGGUAGCAGAGUUGGGAGGUAAAGAGGAAUAUGAAACUUGCGACAUCAGCAAUCCCAUCAAAAUGUAUACCGAUGGCCUAAACAGUGUUAGGCUUGAUGGAGAAGGCUCUCGUUAUUUUGUAAGUGGAAUGCCUGAAAGCUGCAAAAAUGGCCUCAAACUACAUGUCAACGUUCUACCACCGCAGCAACAACAACAACAACAACUUGCUGAAUCCAAAAUUCCCAUGAGUACUAAAGCAGUCCUGGCAGGUUCCCCAACAUCUCCUCCUUCCUCCACCCCAGAGCUCCCAAUUCAGUUGUCAACUUUGUUGUUGGUUGGUUUGACACUUCAUCUCUGUUACUUGGCUUUCUGAAUGGAAGGUUCAUAUGGGUUAUAGGAAAUAAGAUAAACAUGAACAACAACUUUCUUUAUGAUAAGGGUUUCGUUUUGAACUUUGCUUUAUAUUCCUGUUUCGGAUGUAAUUUGUUGGUUUUAAGCAGUGUAAUUUCUAUAAUGUAAGGGUUUCAUCUGUU